AUGGCUUCUUUUGAGGACACGCAAAAGACUUCUAAAGAGAUACAGGAACUUCUCGAGACACUGGAAAAAGAGUUUCCUAGAGGCGUUGGAGAUGAAAAAUGGUACCUCCUGGCGGUUUCUGCACUCACUGGAGCUGGGAUGACAGAGAUUUCGGCCGAUGUAUACACCUACCUCAUAAAUCAGACCCAGUACUCGACCGCGGAGUCUAGAAAGGGGCUGAUAAGAAGGCUUAGAGAGGCUCUCAUCAAGCUUGUUGCGAUUGUUGGAGUUUGCAGACCACUCGAAGCAAUUUUCAGUAUCGAUGCGGUACAGAUGGAAGAGGACAAGGACUUUUCAUUCUCCCGUGAGAACUGGAAGUCCGGAGCCGAGAAUAUUGCACGAGGAGCCGCAUGGGAGCAAAGAAUCUAUCAGUCGAAUAUAGAUGAGUAUGACAACAAACUGGUAGCACAUAAGGAUUUUGCGUGGAUUGGAUCUGAAAUCGUAUACGGUCUUUUACUUUCGGAUCAUACUAUUUUAAGCGACGUAGAUACGGAACUGGUGGUUCUGACAGGGAUAAUGAUACAGAACUUGAAAAACGAGACGCAUUGGCAUUUGAGGGGGAUGAGAAGAUUGGGAGUGAGCCUCAACGACGUGGAGGGUAUACAUAAAUGCAUCGAAUUGAUUGCAAAUUUUGCUGGUGUGAAGGUCAAUAGAGUUCCUAGAGUCUCUGAUAUUGAACACGAAGUCUAG